AUGCGCUUGCUCUCGUCCGCGCUGAUCCUCGCGGCAACAGCCCAGGCUCACUACCGCUUCUCCAAGCUCGUCAUCAACGGCGAGCAGGAGGCCAAAGAGUGGACGUCGAUCCGGCAAACCAAGAACUACCAGGACGACCAUGGCGUGACAAGCGUCAGCACGCCCGACAUCCGCUGCUUCCAGAUGAAGGCCGGCACGGGCACGGCGACCAUCGCGGCGGGUGGUGACCUAGGCUUCGUCGCCGACCAGGGCGUCACGCAUCCAGGCCCGGUGCAGUUCUACAUGGCGCGCGUGCCCGACGACAGCAAUGUCAACACGUGGGAGGCCGCGGGCAACGUGUGGUUCAAGGUGGCGAGCAUCGACGCGGUCCAGACGGCCGGCCAGAAGGCGCUGACCUGGCCGACGUACAUGAAAAAGGUGGUUAGCUUCACCGUGCCCAAGAGCCUGCCCUCGGGCACCUACCUGGUGCGCGUCGAGAGCAUCGCGCUGCACCAGGCCCAGUCGCCGGGCGGCGCUCAGUUCUACCUGGCCUGCGCGCAGGUCAAGGUCACCGACGGCGGCAGCGGCACGCCGACCAAUAAGGUGGCCUUCCCCGGCGCGUACAAGGCCACCGACCCGGGGCUCAUCUUUGCUAACUACCCCGUUCCGACGAGCUACACGCCGCCCGGCCCGCCGGUGUGGGAGGGAUAG